AUGCAGAGUCCAUCUGGGCCGCAAGCCCCUCCACGACGAGAGGUCAACCCACCCAACUCUCUUCGGACGCCAAGGUCGAACAAAUCUAUCUUCGUCCGGUCUAUCGAUAACCCCACGAUCGCGAGACAGUACACCGAACACAAUGCCAACACAACGGUCGCCCGUUUCUCUCCCUCCGGUUUCUACAUCGCCAGUGGUGAUGCCAGUGGUAUAGUCAGAGUCUGGGACUGUGUUGGUGACGGAAUCACAAAGGGCGACUACAGCAUUGUCAAUGGUCGAAUCAAUGAUCUGGCCUGGGACGGCGAUUCCCAGCGUAUUAUUGCCGUCGGCGAUGGAAAGCAGCGCUACGGACACUGCAUUACUUGGGACAGUGGAAAUACCGUCGGUGAGAUUAUGGGACACACGCAACAGAUCAACACCGUUUCGAUUAGACAACAAAGACCCCUGCGAGCAGCCGCUGGCGGUGACGACAUGGGGAUUGUCUUCUACCACGGAGCGCCGUUCAAGUUCAACAAUGCGAUCCGCGAGAAGCAUACCAACUACAUCUACGGAAAUGCCUUUAGCCCUGAUGGCUCUACUUUGGUCAGUGUCGGUGCGGACCGACGGGUCUGGCUUUACGAUGGCAAGACUGGUGAGGUCAAGAGCCAAAUUGGGGAGGGAGAGCAUAAGGGAAGCGUCUUUGGUGUCUCGUGGUCGGGCGAUUCGAAGAAAUUCGCGACAGCGAGCGCUGACAAGACCGUCAAGAUUUGGGACGCUGAGGCAGGCAAGGUUUCGCAGAGCUGGACUCUCGGAGAGGAUAUCAGAGACCACCAAGUUGGUGUGACUUGGCCCGCUGGCAGAAGCGACGGUCUGCUUAUCAGUUUGUCGCUGAGCGGUGAUCUCAAUUACCUUGUUGAAGGCACGCCUGAGCCCAGACAGGUUAUCCAAGGUCACCAGAAGAACAUCACUUCCUUGAACCAGUUUGGGUCCAACAGUGACAGUCAAACUCUGUGGACCGGCAGCUUCGACGGAAGAGUCUGCGGCUGGGAUGUCUCGAAGGGACUCGCCGAAGAAGCGGAGGGAGCUGGUCACACGGCGUAUAUCGCAGGCCUCGCACCCACCCAAGAGGGCGCUGGUAGAAUCUACAGUGUGGCUUGGGACGAUACCCUCCGGUCCGUUGACAUUGGCGCCAAAACAUACACCGGAAGCUCCUCUAAGCUAUCCGGCCAACCAAAGGGCGUUGCUGCCGGUAACUCGACCGUGCUGGUGGGAACCUCGGAAGGUGUUGAGAUUUACAACGAUGGAAGCAAGUCUGGGGAAUACAAACCCAAGUCGCCGGUCUCUGCUGUCGCGGCUCACGGAAGCGUGGCGGCUGUCGGCGGCGAAGAUACGUCUGUUCAGAUCUGCGACGUUUCUAGCACUAGCCUAUCUCCUAAGGCAGAUAUUAAGACCGGCAGGAACCCUGUGUCUGCAUUGACCUUCUCGAACGAUGGGUCGCUCCUGGCAGUUGGUGAUUCUCGUGGCCGCAUCCUUGUCUACAAGGUUGCUGAUGGCAGUUUGGUUACUGACCGCUGGACGGCGCACACUGCCCGAAUUACCUCCCUUGCCUGGGAUGAGAGUAACACUUAUGUGGUGAGUGGCUCUGUGGAUACCAACAUCUUCGUUUGGAGCUUGACCAGCCCUGGCGACUGGCUCCAGGUUACGAACGCUCACAAGGAGGGUGUAACCGGAGUGGCAUGGAUUGCCGGGUCAUCCAAGGUGGCUUCUGCUGGUGCUGAUGCUGCAGUGAAGUUACGCCAGGCGACCUUUGUCCUACCGAAGACUGGUCAGCGUCUAAGAGGCCUGGUCAAUUUGCGAAAUGCAUAUACCUCCCCCGGUUCCAGUGCGAAUUUUAAUUCGGAACUCGACGAACGACGCGGGCUUCUUUCCGGUGACAUCGCAUAUAAUAACGAAGGGGUUGUCUCGAAAACUCGUGCGAAAAUUCGGGAUGCUUGGCUUUUGGUCUACAAGUUUCUGUCUUCGGAGCUAGGGAUUGGCGUCUUGAAGUGCAGUCUGGCCUACCUACUGGGAUCUCUGGCGACUUUCAUUCCUGCAAUCGCGUCUUUCUUGGGCCAGCAGGAUGGAAAACAUGUCGUGGCUACUGUCACCGUCUACUUUCACCCAGCGAGGUCGCAGGGAAGCAUGUACAAGGCGUCAAUAUGUGCGUUCCUGGCCUUCCUCUACGCCGCCUUCGUCUCCAUCACGAGCAUGGGUGUCUCGAUGUUCUUCCAAGAUACGCUGCAUUUGCGCGCGCUCGGGCAUGCAUUAGUGCUCAUUGUGUUCUGUGGAGGUGGUCUUGGAUUCAUUGGAUGGACAAAGCAGAGAUUGGGUGAUCCGUUGGUCAAUGUUGCCUGCUCGUUGACUUCGCUUGCGACAAUCACGGUUCUGACCAAGGAGGGCGCCGUCCAGAGCGGCGACCUGUCACUUGCCAAAGUAUCCCAGGUCCUGAAAAUGGUCAUCUUAGGUGUGGGUGCUACCAUGGCUGUCUCGCUUUUAAUCUUCCCGGUUUCAGCCCGAAAGAAACUCCGGUCGAAUUUGACUACAGUUACCGAGUCGCUAGCGGUUAUGUCAGGGGUGCUUACGGAGAGUUUCCUAAGCGGGUCUGAGGAAGAGUUGCAGUCAGCUGAGUUCGUCAAUGCAGCUGCACGUCACAAACAGGCCUACAGCCAGCUUGAUAAUCUAGUGAAAGAAGCCAAGCUCGAGCACUAUGUCGCCGGCACGGAAAAGGAAUACAGACUCGAGAAGAAUGUCGUCCGUCUGGUGCAAGAUAUCACCCAUAAUAUGGGAGGUUUACGCAGUGCUGCUGUCCUGCAGUUCCAGCUUCUCAAACAAACUAGGCUUGGUGAAUCGAUGCAGCUCCGGAGUCCCGAGGGCGACUCAAGCGGGAACGGCCAACUACCCUUGCCAAGUCCAUGGAUAUUGCAUGAUGAGCGUCCCUUUCUGGGGCCUAUUGAUGAGAGAUCGGAGGAAGAAGUGUCUUCCCCUGGUAGCUCUCGUAAAAACCGAUCCAGUGUGAACUCGCUGGAUAGUUACCGUCUUCCACACGCUGACAUUUUUGCACUGUUCAUAAACCACUUGGGACCUUCUAUGCGCUCUCUCGCCUUUACAUACAUGGAGAUCUUCAAGGAAAUUCCUUUCGGUCCCGGGCCAGAUUACCGCGUUUGCAUCAACAGCAGAUUUCAUACGAGUCUUGACCGUGCACUCGAACUCUAUAAGGAAUCGAGAGAAAGCGCCCUCAAAUCCAUCUACCACCAAAAGGAGGUUCUGAAGAUACGAACCGUGGAGCUGUCAGCUGACCUUGAGGAAGUCUCUGCAAGUUGCGGCCAUUUUAGUUUUUCGCUCCUUUCGUUCGGUGAAGAGCUGCAAGAGCUCUUGGCAAUUCUGGAUGAAUUGCACCUCGAGGCUGUUGAGAGGCCCAGCGGACGGUCUUGGAACUGGCUGAAGUUCUGGCGUCGAGGACCCGAGACAAAUGAUGGAAAUGAACUUGAUACAGAACGGUUGGGCUAUCGCAUCUGGAAGUCCUUUGGGUUCUUCCGACGGGACGAUACAAAAUUUGCGAUCAAAGUCGGGACUGGUGCAGCCCUCUACGCCUUACCCUCGUUUGUUUCCUAUACUCGACCCUUAUACGCUCACUGGAGAGGCGAAUGGGGUUUGUUGUCCUACAUGUUGGUGUGUUCGAUGACCAUCGGCACCUCGAAUACCACCGGAUAUGCUCGAUCGUUCGGGACCUUUCUCGGGGCCGGCUGUGCCGUGGCAGCAUGGUACGCGACUUCCGGGAAUGUAUAUGGACUGGCAGUAUUGGGCCUGUUUAUGGCGACUUGGACGUCAUACUUAAACAUUGUCAAGAAACAAGGACCAAUGAGCCGAUACAUCAUGCUCACCUACAACCUUUCUGUUCUAUAUGCCUACUCACUGAUGCAGAAAGAGGCCCUCGACGAUGAUGACGAAGGAGGAGAUAACCCAGUCAUUACCGACAUUGUCCUUCAUCGCGUCGUUGCAGUCCUAUCCGGUUGCGCCUGGGGUGUCAUAAUCACACGAGUGAUCUGGCCUGUCAGUGCUCGAACGAAAUUGAAACACAAUCUGAGCUUGCUCUGGCUCCGGAUGAGUUUGAUCUGGAAGCGGGAUCCUUUGUCUACCAUGGCUAUGGAACGAAGGUUGGAAGCAUAUAUGAGUCCGCGAGAGAAGUUGGAGAUUGAGCGAUUCCAGUCUCAUCUGGAAUCUCUUCAAGCUGCAGCUCGUUCUGAGUUUGAGCUGAAGAGUGCUUUUUCCGACGCUGCCUACGGUGAUAUUCUCCGUCGUACCCGGAGUAUGAUGGACGCAUUCCACGCAAUGAAUCUGGAGUUGGUGAAGAGCUGGGAUGUUUCCGAGGGUGAGAUUUCUAUUCUUCGGUACACGGCGCAAGAGAGGAAGCAUCUGUCGUCUCGCAUCAGCCAUCUCUUGUCAGUAAUGGCCUCGUCUAUGAAACUCGAAUAUCCGCUCGUCGAUGUUCUCCCCAGCAUUGAGCAUGCACGAGACCGGCUGCUCGCCCGGAUCUUCCGAUAUCGCCAGGAUCAGGAAGUGUCGCGUGCCUCGACUGACGAGGACUAUGCGCUAAUUUAUGCCUACACCCGUCGCGCUCCUGCGAGCCCUUUUGCCCACACCAUGCAGAUUGACCCGGCGGCCCUGAGUCGGGCGGACGCUGCUGCGUCGACCGCGAUAGCUUCGUCCAAGGGGUCUGCUACCAACGCGCCCGCAACUCAGAAGUCGUCCAGCAAGGCCCUGAUCUCCGUUCCGCGACUGGAACUGGAACCUGCCUAUACGGAGUUGAAGGCCGCCAUCGGCGAUAACUGGUCUGAGUACAAGCAGUCCACGGCGCUUUUUCUUUUAGGGCAUCUUAACCAAAGCGAAUACUCGUCGCGUGUCGAUCAUAUAAUAUGCGCCGACCCGAAAACCGAACACCUUCACAAUAACUUCGUAUGCGCGAUUAUUGGAAACCUUACAAGAGACCUCCCCGACCAUGGCGUUGCGAGUUGGGUAUCGGCGAAUGACAAGCCGUCCGUGGUGUCGAAGCCGGCCUCCGGGGAUGCGGCUGAGCACAGGUUGAAGACGGAGGUGAUGCAGCUGCCUGCUCGAGACCGGCGGCGUCUCAAGGCAAUUCCAGAGCGUGACCCCAACGAGACGGUGCCCAAUGAGCUGGAAGAAUAUCAUUUGGCCAAGCAAAUCAAAUUACCAAGCCAGGUUCCUGCAAGUGCCGGUGGUUUGAAUAAGACCAACUGGGAACUAGAAAUUCGAAAACGCUACGCACAACCACUAGCUUCAGAAACCGGCGAGUUCCCCGACUCCGAGUCCAUAUACGCGCGCAUGAUCCCGAUAUGUUAUGAAGAAUCCAUUGUCAGUGGUGCGGGUCUCCCCUGUGCGGAUUUCAUGGCAAUUGCAACAGAGACAUUUGUGAAAGAGGUUCUGUCUGUUGUCUUCUCACGAACUAGAUCCAAUGGCCCGUCCGGUACCAUCAAUGGCAUGAUGAUGCGGAAGUAUCGACAACAGCUUGAACAAGAGGAACUGGCCUACACUCGCGGAGAGAUCGUCAAGGACGGCGCAAGUGGGUUACUUCCCGUGGAAGCGAAAGAAGCGGCCGUUAGGAAACCUCUCGGGGUCCGAGAUCUUCGAUUAGCCUUGGAACUCGGUGAGGGGGUACUCAGCCAUAUGCCUCUAAUUAUAGAUCAGGUCAUGGGCGGUUAUCUCGAGGAUGAGCUUGAGACGGAGAAGCAAGACCGCACAGUUGAUGGUGCCCCGCUUCUUACUGAUGACGAUACGAAAGCCGGUUUCACUGACGAGAUGGAUCUGGACGAAGCCGACUCGGGCUGGGAAGGAGCCGGCGCCACGGACCAGGACCAAUUGGGCUCGUUGCUGGACGAGUGUCUGUCCAUGGCUGCAUAG